AUGGCGGCAGGCGUUUAUUCUGCAGCGAUAGCACCUGUUACGCGGUCUGCCCAAGUUGAGGCCACGGCAGAAGCUGAUGAGGUUUCGACCCUCGCAGCAGCAUUCCCAGAUGGCUACUGGCUCAACGAUCUGUCAGGCAAGGGUCGGGCUGCAUUCAACGCCAACCCUGGCGGCUACAAGGUCUUCAGGAAUGUGAAGGAGUAUGGCGCUAGAGGUGACGGCGUCACUGAUGACACGGAGGCUUUCAACCGCGCCAUUAGCGAUGGCAAUCGCUGUGGCCCGUUCGUGUGCGAUUCUUCAACUGACUCCCCUGCCGUGGUUUACGUACCCUCUGGUACAUACAUCAUCAGCAGGCCGAUUAUAUUCUACUACAUGACACAGCUCAUUGGUAACCCAAGGAAUCUCCCUGUUCUCAAGGCAGCCCCAUCACUCGACGCGCUAGCACUGAUCGAUGCUUCUCCUUAUGGAGAAAAUGGCAUACCUGGAUGGACGUCGACCAACCUCUUCAUGCGCCAGAUCCGCAACCUAGUGAUUGAUGGUACUGCAAUUCCACCCACAAGGGGCUUCCAGGGUAUUCACUGGCCGGCUUCGCAAGCUACAACUAUCCAGAAUGUCAAGAUUAGGAUGACCCAGUCAGCCCAAUCGGUUCAUGCCGGUAUCUUCGUUGAGAAUGGAAGUGGUGGCCACAUGGCCGACCUUGAAAUUAGCGGUGGGCUGUACGGUAUGAACAUUGGCAACCAGCAAUUUACCAUGAGGAACAUCAAGAUCUCCAGAGCUGUCAUCGGAAUCUCACAAAUCUGGAACUGGGGCUGGCUUUACUCUGGCCUCUCAAUAUCCGAUUGCGGUACAGCCUUCUCCAUGAUCAACGGUGGUUCGGCAAACAAACUUGAAGUUGGCUCAGUCGUCAUCAUCGACUCUGAGAUUACAAACUGCCCGACGUUUGUCGACAUGGCAUGGAGGACGAACACCGUUCCGACUGGUGCCGGACAGUUGGUUCUUGAGAAUAUCAGAUUAAACAACGUUCCUGUCGCUGUGAAGGGUUCUGGUGCCACAGUCCUUCCAGGUGGUACUCUUACCAUCCAAGCCUGGGGUCAAGGCAACAGAUACUCUCCGGACGGACCUCAAAAGUUCCAGGGUCCCAUCACGCCUGUAGCGCGGCCUCAAGGUCUUCUGGAGAACGGCAGAUACUAUUCCAAGUCGAAGCCUCAUUACGAGAACCUGAGCACUGCAGACUUCAUUUCCGCUCGAUCGGCAGGUGCUACUGGCGAUGGGUCUACCGAUGAUACCAGGGCUAUUCAGGCUGCCAUCACGCAAUCUGCAUCUCAAAACAAGGUUCUGUUCUUUGAGCACGGUGUUUACAAGGUGACGCAGACAAUCUAUGUUCCUCCAGGCGCACGCAUGGUAGGCGAGACUUUCUCCACCAUCAUGGCAUCUGGCAGCACAUGGUCGAAUAUGAACAGCCCCAAGCCUGUCAUUCAAAUCGGCAGGCCUGGCGACAGCGGAAUCAUCGAAUGGUCCGACAUGAUUGUACAGACACAAGGAGCGACACCAGGAGCCAUUGUCAUCGAAUACAACCUCAAUACUCAACGAGGCUCUGGAGUUUGGGAUGUUCAUACCCGUAUCGGCGGGGCCAAGGGUACCCUCCAGCAAGUUGCGCAAUGCCCCAUCUUCACGACCAAGCCCGAGUGCAUGGCAGCACAUACCAAUGUGCACGUCACAAAGUCGGCGACGGGUGCCUACUUUGAGAAUAACUGGUUCUGGACUGCCGAUCACGAUUUGGAUGACCCAGAAAGCACACGUAUCUCCCUCUUUACCGGCCGUGGUCUCCACGUUGAGGCCUCCAAUGUCUUCCUAUGGGCAAACGGCGUCGAGCACCAUGCGUUGUAUCAGUACCAGUUCAACGGCGCCAGCAACAUCUUCGCCGGCUUCAUCCAAACCGAGACACCUUACUACAUGCCCAACCCAGACGCCAAAACACAGCCCUACGGCCGUUCCGACGCCUUCUCCGACCCAGACUACGCCUCUGCCUGUCCCGCCGGCGUUUGCAAUGCAUACGGCAUGCGCGUGCUGAAUUCCAAGAACGUGUUGAUCUACGGCGGCGGCUUGUACUCGUUCUUCAAAAACUACGACCUCACCUGUUCGAGCGCCGACGCGCCCAACGGCCGACGGGACUGCCAGAACCGCAUCUUUAGUAUCGAGGGCGACUCGAGUGUGCAGGCGUUUGCGCUAUCGCAGGUGGGUGCGCUCCAGAUGCUUACGAUUGAUGGGCAGGACAAGGCAAGCUGGUCGGAUAACUUGAGCGUGUAUUCCAACACGAUUGGAUAUAUUUCCUACCGAGUUUGA